AUGGCUUUCCCCGUCGCCAUUCAGUCGGCCCUGUUCUAUGUCUUGGCCUGCACACCAUGCCUUUCGGCCCGCAGCCGCUACCGGACGCGAAAGCAGUCUCGCCGGGAACGCAAAGAGCGAGCACGCCUGGACGAUGAAGAGCCAGAUCUCUACCGCCAUCCCAGCCCCUUUAACGUGAAUCCCUACUGGCAGGAAGAGAUUAUGAUGGGACCCAGUCUGCCAAAGAAGGGACGGGCUGGUGGCACUAGCAAGAAUACCAGUCAACGGAAACUUACGAGUGCCGGCAAGGAUAGCAGCCUAGUUACACGCAGCAGUCUUGCUAGUAGCAACACGGGCACGCCAAUCGACUUCAGCUGCCCGAUAACCGACAUGGGUGGCGGACCCGGAAGCUGGCCGGGUGGAGCUUCCGCCUCUACGCAAGGCAACGGGAGCGCCAACAGCAACUGUCCGCCGCCUUCGAGCCCGACUCUGGUGCCGGACGAUACGCACAGUAUAAACAUGGUGGAGGCGUCGGCCACAAACACGACGUCGGACGAAGGGUGGAACCACAAGCGGUACCAGCGGGAGGACGAAGAGCUCUGGGGCAGCGAGCUGUCUACAAAGAACAAACUGAUGGAUGCGAUCGCCAAGGCCGGCUCGUCGGCUGGCCGUCUAAUCGAGAGCAAGCUCGGCAAGGAACGGCCGAUCACGGACGAGGACCGCGCCAACUUCUACGCGCCCCCAGUGAAUAACCCUCCCGUCAACGAGUACCACCCGCCCGUGGUCUCUAGCAAGCCGGCACACAAGGACGGGCUGCACUGGAUGCUGCAGCCGCCGCCGCCAGCCAAGGUGAUGGAAGGCAAGGUCCCGGUCAGCCGGAGCGGCAGUGUUGCGAGCUCGACAAUGACGAAGGGACGGAGGUCGAACGCGGCCGGCUCAGAGGUGUCUCUCCCGCGCAAGAUGGCCAUGGAGGCUCGGCGGCGCAGAGCCGAGUCCAACACUAGCGCUACCGGCAGCUACACGAGGGCUGCGACGCCAUCGGCCGAUGAUGCGGGAGACAUGGCGGCCGGCAGUCGCACACCCAACCGGACAGCAGCCCGAAACCCGUCGGGGCUCCGGCCAAAGAACCAGCACCGAAGCAACAAGCAGGGCCGGACGCGCAGCCAAAGUGGAAGCGGAAGCUUGGCAUCGUCGAUCGAAGCAGCCGAAUGGUCGUCGGACGACGGCGACAACAAGCCGAAGACGAAGACGGCACCAACUACGGGACCUGUGGUGAGGGCACCGGAGCCGGCGCUGUCGCCGGACCAUGCGUCGACGAUGCGGCCGAAGCUGUCGACAAUUGUGAGCUCUGACGCAGGCAGCACGAUCAGCGCAGAGGGACAGGGGACAGUGACAGCAGUGGUGGAAGCCGGUGGCAACAAAGAUGGCGCCAAGGGCGAGCACCCGCGGUCGGCCAGCUCAUCGCUGGACAGCGGGCUAGCAUUGGCAGCCUAG